GCCCUCAGAUAACAGCCACCCUGUCCAUCUUGCGUGGUUCGUCCGCCACAAAUCCAAAUCUCAGAUUCCCGCUUUUUGAAUACCCGCCUGGAUCUGUAUCACCACUCCCGAAACAGCCGGCUCAGAACUGCUUGGUUCUGACCAGUUCUGACCACUGCCGACCCUCAAGCACGAAUUCCAGAAUCGACAGUUCGAAUGGCUACUGCCAAGUUUGAGCAGUCGCUCUACAAGGCGUUCGAGCCCGCCUACCAGUCGCAAAGGCCAAUCAUCGUAGACGACGCUCUUGAAUCGCCCGACACGGUAACCCUUCGGUAUGAGGAGGAAGCUGUGCGAGGCGACAGGGGCGACCUGCGAGGGGAAUCCCCUCCGGGUCUCCUGCCAAUGACCACGUACAAGACUCAGCCAUCCCAGCUGCACACGUUUACAGACUCGCCGUAUUCGCAGUAUUCGUCGCAGUCUUUUUCAACCCAGCAGACCGACAAUGCGCCCACGCAGAUUAGCCAGAUGGCCUUCGGCGCGAACAGCGCCGCAGGGCAGUACAUGGCUGCUCAGGGGAAUGUAGGACCCAGCGUAAACAUCCUCUCCUGCCACCCCAAUGCGGGGGGGUACGGGACGAAGAUGAUGCUCAAGAUGUCAAGCCCGUACGACGUGCAGACAAUGACGGGAACGGGCCCGUACGCGUACAUAUCGUUCGGCUCGCAUCGAGCCAUUGCCCAGAUCCUCAAGGACUCGCACCACAGCAACGGAGCAUGUACCUACACGAUCAGCGCCGACGUGCCGCAGUUCAUUUCCACAAACUUCCCGUCGCCGAACAACGUGCCGCUGGGUCUGAUAAUCGAGAGCGGUAACGGCGAGGAGCUUGCCCGUGUCGACAACGCCGGGGUUUUCACCUACCUUGAAUCCCAUGGCGCGGCUGGUGCACCUGGUAGCACCGAGGGCAGCACUGGUGACGUGAGUGCACAUGAGGAGCUCACGCGAAAGAGCAGCGAGUCACCUGAGCAGCGCGCCAGCCCACCCCAGGGCCUGUCAGUCAGCACGGCCACCACCACGAGUCCGUCGAGCUCGUACAACGCGCUGCCCGCAGACCCGAGUACAAAUAGCUACGGCUACCCGCCGGCAGUUGCGGCCGCUGCUGCCGAGGCUCAAGCGGAGGCACAGCAGGCGCACUCCAACUUUGGCGCAGCUGGUUACACGCACGGAACAAACAGCAUGCUGGGCACGUACAGAACCUCGACGCUGGCGGAUCACUACUCGCGUGCCCCGCCGCCGCUGCGAUCGUCGCGUGGCAUCGGCUGGACGCCCUACGGCGGCGCCAUCGGUACCGUCCGCAGUCCCGCGACGACCAUUGCCCACGGCACGCACACAGGCAUCACCCGGCCGAGCUUGACUCCCCUGCCCAGGCCGUCGGGCGGCGUGCCCCAGCUUAUACGCACAAGCACGCUAGGUUCGCCGCCAGGCGCCGGACUCGCGGGCAACAGCGCAUACAACCCGUACGCAAUAUUCCCGGCUAAGGCCACGCUGAAGAUCAAUGGCGACCUCGAGAGUAUGGCAGAAAACUGGACGCAGGAGGAGUGGGACAACAGACGGCGGAUAGUCCUGUUCAAGAAGUCGCAGCAAGGCAGCCAGCUGCAGACGUCCUUCCGGCCGGUCGCCGUCGACGAGCGGCCCCAGAACAGCACCUGCAUCAGUUGCAUCUGGUGGGCCGAGAAGCAGGAGUGUUUUGUGACUUCGGUUGACACCAUCUACCUGCUCGAGCAGCUUGUCGCGUCUCCGGCUCGAUUCACCGUCGAAGAGAAGAACCGGAUCCGAAGAAACCUUGAGGGCUUUCACCCGCUGACGGUGAGCAAGACCAAGUCGGAAAGCGCCGAGUUUUUCAAGGUCAUCAUGGCGUUCGGCAACCCCAAGCCUCGCAACAUUGAGAAGGACGUCAAGGUGUUCCCUUGGAAGAUACUUGGCCAGGCGCUCAAGAAGAUAAUUUCGAAAUACAGCGCGUCGCCAUCGACCACCAUGGCAGCACCGCCGUCGCAUCAUCAGUCGCACCUCCUGACGCCCAUCAGCAUAGGCGGGUCGUACCCAAAUCUGCCACCCACGCCCGGGUCGGCAACGGCGGCCACUGACCAUGCCACGGCGACGGGAUACAUCACGUCGGCACAUCACCACGCAGACUCGCUGCCGAGCCCACGGCAUGUGUCGGGUGUCACGUCUUCGUGGGCGCCGUAUAGCACAGGCCCGAGCCGGCCAUUAUCACCAGGCCUGAAGACACAUUCACCCGGCCCGUCGUCGGGUCUUCGCCUCUCAACACUAGCGACGACUUACGACGGCCGAGGGUCGAACCAGGCCACGACAUCGCCCUACGGUUAUGGCCUGCCGGCAUCUGGCAGCCAGAGCCAGCACCCGCAGCAGCAGCAGCAGCACCCGCACCACAACCACAACCACAACCACAACCAUGCUCAUCACCACCAAAAUGGUCAGAGUUACAGCCAACCCCCGGUGCCAGUAACACAAAGCCACCAUGGCCGCAUCUGGGAUGGAUACACGGUAGCUGGUGGGUACCCGAGCCACGCAAACCACUCGGCGCACGGGCAGGCAUACGGCAACACGGGCGGGUACAGCGACGCCAUGCAGCGAGUCUAGGAGUCUAGGCGGUGCGACGGGGCAGCAGCCGCAGCCCGCGGAGAGUUGGAGACAAGACGAUCAGAGUUGGUUAUUGAAGUGGGUGUGGGGAAUCAGACGCGACGCGUUGAAAAAAGUUCGCCAAGAAAAGCAUCGACGUCAUCUGUUCCGGUCAUUGCUUCUUUUUGUUUUCGCGC